CAGACGGCCAUUUUGUUCCUGGUUUGACAAACUUAGCAUUGCAGUAUAUGGGAAUUCGGCAAACUUUAACCGCGUAUAUCUUCAAAACCGUGCACUUUUACAACUUUUUCAUAAUAACAUCUUUGAAAGAGAAUUGAACGAGCUUUCCAAUGGUAUGCUACAUGUAUCAAUUGAAAUACAUUUAUUUGUUUUGAAUUUCAGUCAUUUUUCAGCACUUCAUUUUUGGGUUAAAAAUAGUUUGAAAUUGUGUGAAAUUCACAGCAUGUGCUCUAAUUCAAUGAUUACUUUCAUUCUAUGCCAGAAAUUCCGUCAUAAAAACCUUGAAUCGAAAAAUUACAAUUUUUUUUCGUAAGGAACAAAAUGGGAGUUUGACAUACCCGGGUUACAGUACCUUAAGCAAAAUUGAGAGUGCAUGAGUGCAUGGGUAUUAUCAUUUAUCAACAAAUUAUCAUCAUCAAAUUUAAAAUCAAAACGAAAACGAAAUUUCAAUUUUCAAUUCCGGCUUCUUCAGCAAUCGUGUAUGAUUGUACUUGCUAGUGACCGGCGCUGGCCCGUUUCUCCGCUUCGGUACGAUUACGAAUAGUUUUAUUACUCGGUCAUUUCGGCGUUGCUGAACGUGAAAUUUCAAAUUUGAAUUGGGAAACUCGCUUUGCGGUCCUGCUCGGUGUCAGUUUUGUCUUAUCGAAAUGGUCGUCAGCGUUUGCGGUACUUUUGUCUCUCAGAAAAUUCAAAAAGUAAGAUGGAAACCCGACAAUUUGUGCGAUACCGUGGUGAGCGGAUCGUGGGACGACGACGACAACAAGCUCACAUUAUGGAGAUGUUAUAAGAUGGAAAACGAAGAAGGCUUUGUAAAGCUGAAAGCGCAGAGUUGCGCCCAACACUACGGAGAUAUCAUGGAAAUCAAGUUUAUCGACGAUCGCACCGUCGCAGUUUCAUCUUCAGUCGGCUCGAUUUCUCUGUUUAAACUGUGUGAAAAAAACGGCGACCCGUCGUUGGAUGAAUUGAAAGUAUGGAAAAACGUACAUUGUUACAGUAACGGAGAAGUGGCAUCUGGUACCGACAUGGCUUGUUUCGAAGAUACCAUUACUUCGGUGGGUGAAGACGGACGUAUCGUUUUGAUUUCGGUCAAAGAAAAGAUGCCUUACCGUACUAUAGAAAAUGCCGAUAGUUGUACUAUUCGAUGCGUGUCCGUUCAUCAGUUCAGCCAAGUAUUGACGGGAAACAGUCGCGGCCAGAUGAAAGUGUGGGAUUUGAGAAACAAUUCCAACGUACCGCAAACCAGUUUCACAUUAUCGGGAGGUGGUCAAGUGGGUUUCACUCGAGUCAUCAGUCAUCCGACCCAAACGCACAUAAAAUUGGCUGGCGGAGAAGACGGUACUAUUACGGUGUGGGAUUUGAGGAACAACAAAUUUGCCGUCAAUUCGCUCAACGCUCAUUCGCAAUCGGUCAACGAAUUGGUAUUUCAUCCCGAUCGACCGGAACAUUUGUACUCUUGUUCGAGUAACGGCCAGCUGUGGCAUUGGGAUAGUUCUAAAUUGAAUCAUUCGUACAUUCCGCAGUUCGGCGUAAACGAAUCGAAAAACAUUUCCGAUAAUGGCGAAGAAACGGGUUGCCCCUGGAUGAGUAAAAAUCUUAAGAACCGAAUUACAGUCUACUCGGUCAUUCAAAAUUUACAUUUACCUGUAAACUCGUUGGACGUUAGCGGAAAUUUCAUCGUAUGCGGCUGCGACAACGAAGCUGUAUAUCUGAUAAAUGAAUCGCACGUUUGAGCCCAAACCGAUAAACGGAACGAAUUUUGCUUUCGCUUCCAGUUGCGCAUUUCAGUUGUUGGAAAUCAUACGCCCGACGCCCGACGCCCGACGCCGUGCCUCAUCUCGAGGGUGAAUGAUACGAGAGCUGAGGGGGAAAAAAACCACGGUACCUACGUAAUACUAAGUAAGGUUAUAACACCGAAUUAAUUUUGUCGAGAGCGUUGUAUUUUUAUUUCUUAUUUAAAAAAUAUACACGUACGUACGUA